UAAAGCUUGCUGAAUCGGACGGUCAACAGGGAACAGACCAGCCAAGAACCACAACAGUCACCAGCAGAGACUUCAUAGCAAACGACGAUGGCCAACUCACUUCCAACAGCAGAUCGAUAUCAACAGCAACAACAGCAACAGCAACAGCAACAACAGCAACAGCAACAGCAACAACUUGGGACUCAAAAAGAAUCCACCAUUCAAUUCAAACCGCUCGACUCAACCGAGCAACCCAAACGAGUUCGGCAGAGAACUUUAAGAGCAUGCGAUAGUUGUAGGAAGAUGAAAAUCAAAUGUAUGAUGAACUCAGACGAACCUCCUUGUGAAGCAUGCAAACUCACCUCGAGGGACUGCAAAUUCGAACAUGUUGGUGUCAAACGAGAGAAACCUCCUUCUGUUCGGGAAGUUGAGCAGCUAAAACGUAAAAUUGCUCAACUUGAAGCUGUCUUAAUCAGAUUGAGACCUCAGAUCGACCUGAGCUUAUUGCCGAGAACGAACGACCAGGCUAAAACUAUGGGCCAAUGCCCUACAAGAUACCUCGACUACUCAUCAAUCUGA